CCCUACUGUCCUAUUGUGUAGAAGAAGUAGAGGUCAUUUACCGUUUACACUGUGACGUUAAUUUUUGUACGAAAUCAUUUUGUAAAUAUGUAUCACGACAUGUUAUUGUAGAUAGAUGUAGGUAGAUAAGUAAAGAUCUAUUUCUGUGUAUUUCGUUUUUUGAACUUGAUGGACAAUGCUAAUAGCUAAUAGUGUAACAAUCGUGUUUGAGACACUUGAAUAAUAAUCUGAACAGACAGCAAUCAUAAUAAUUUAAUAAACUCGUAACAAUCUAAUAGUAUUUCUUAAAAAUAAUCUUUAUGGGGCUUCCGUGCAGAGAAUUACACGAGCAUAUCCAUUGUGCUGCUGUACUCGUAGCAGCCACAUAAAGGCGCUAUUGGCUUGCUGCCUGCUACAACUUAGUUGAAGUUAAUUACGAGAAAAGAAGUCUGCUGACUUAAUUUUUUUCUCUCAGUUGCUCGGCGUUUGUUUUGUCGACACCCACUGAAACAUCUAAUCUCCUUCUGGAAUAACUACAUCUUUUAAAACAGCCUGCAUCUUCACAAAAAAACUGUAGUCCAGCUCCAUCUUGACACGCGUGCGUGUGCGUGCGUGCACGGGUGCCUCCAUGUUGCCUCCGGCGAAGAAUGACAGAAUCAUCAGUCACCUCCCCAAGUGCUUCAGUCCCCGAGCGGCGCUGCACACCGAAGACGUCUUCCAUCCCGACGUGAAGGCCGCGUGCCGUGACCACAGGGAGGAUGCCGUCAGCUUUAAUGUGGCCAAAGUCAUCGUGGUGGGCGACGUCUCCGUUGGGAAAACAUGCCUAGUCAGCAGGUUCUGCAGGGGCGCCUUCGAUAGGAACUACAAAGCCACCAUCGGCGUGGACUUUCAGAUGGAGCGUUUCGAGGUGCUGGGCGUCCCCUUCAGUCUGCAGCUGUGGGACACGGCAGGUCAGGAGCGCUUCAAGUGCAUUGCGUCCACAUACUACAGAGGAGCUCAAGCCAUCAUUGUGGUGUUUGACCUGAGCAGAGCCAGCUCCUUAGUGCACGCCAGGCAGUGGCUGGAGGACGCAAUGAGGGAGAACGACCCCUCCAGCGUCCUACUCUUCCUCGUGGGCACCAAGAAGGACCUCAGUUCCUCCGAGGAGCUGGCUGACGUGGAGCAGGAAGCCAUUAGACUCUCCGAGGAAAUCAGGGCAGAGUACUGGGCCGUUUCUGCCAAGUCCGGUCAUGGCGUCAGAGAUUUUUUCCUGCGUGUGGCUGCUUUGACCUUUGAGGCCAACGUCCUGUCUGAGCUGGAGAAAGGCGGCUCAAGGAGCGCUGGUGACAUCAUCAAGAUCACAAGCGGCAAAGACGACGGGCGCAAGCUUGCAAAGAGGAAGUCCGACUGCUGCUGAUGAGAGGAGUGGAGUAUCAUGGCAAACGUGGACUUGGAAAUGGACGCGUAGCAGCUACCCUCGAUUGUUAACUUCCUGCUGCUGCUGGCGUGUCAUGUGUCACAGUGCGGCUAAUCUCAUGACCAGCAUGAGUGCGUUGCUCGGCGCUGACAUCACGCGUCCUAUCAUGUGGCGACAAAAAAAAAAGGAGGGAUUGUUUGAGGAUGCCUGAACUUUCUUUCCAGCGUCAGACAGAAUGUCUUUUGUCUGUCUUUCCUCAGCUAAAAUAAUGAACAUAAACACUUAACUUUCACAAUUUGAACACUUUUAUUAAAGGACCUAUAGGAAGAAAAGGUCAUAACCUUGUCCUUCCCGCACGUAUAUGCACGUGAUGCUCCAGAGGCACGUCACUGCUUGUGUUGCUACAGCGACGGUAAUAUACACUUCAUAAAC